AUGGAUCGCGAGCGGUUCUUGGGCGUGUUCCAGCAGCUCAAGGCGGAGCUGCUGGGCGAAGACAAGCUCUUCUCGUGCACUCCGGACUCGAAAGCGUGGAUGGAGAAGAACAUCGACCACAAUGUGCCUGGAGGCAAGCUGAACCGCGGGCUAUCAGUGGUGGACACGGUGGGGAUUCUCAAGGGUGGAUUUGAUAAGCUAUCGGACGAUGAGGUCUUCAAAGCCAGUGCUGUUGGCUGGUGCAUUGAAUGGCUGCAGGCGUACUUCCUGGUGGUGGACGACAUCAUGGAUAGCUCCAUCACCCGCCGAGGCCAGCUGUGCUGGUACCGCAUGGACAAGGUGGGAAUGAUCGCCAUCAACGAUGGCGUGUUGCUCAACUCACACAUCUUCCUCAUCCUGCGCCGCCACUUCUCUUCCCACCCCGCCUACACCCGCCUGCUCGACCUCUUUAAUGAGGUGACAUACCAGACAGCGUGUGGCCAGAUGCUUGACCUCAUCACCACUCCUGAAGGGGAGGUGGAUCUCAACAAAUACACCAUGUCCACGUACCUAAAGAUUGUGCAGUACAAGACGGCCUACUACUCUUUCUAUCUCCCUGUGGCGACAGCGCUGAUCCUGGCGGGCGUGGAGGAUGCAGCGCUGGCAGCACAGGCGAGGGAGAUCCUGGUGAUGAUGGGGACGUACUUCCAGGUGCAGGACGACGUGCUCGACUGCUUCGGCGACCCUGCCGUGAUCGGCAAGGUGGGCACGGACAUAGAGGACACCAAGUGCUCGUGGCUGGUGGUGCAGGCACUGCAGCGGGCCACACAGGAGCAGAGGGAGAUCAUUGAGAGCAACUAUGGCAAGAAGGACGAGAAGUGUGUGGCGGUGAUAAAGCAGCUCUACACAGACAUGAAGCUGCAGGAUGCAUUUGCGGAGUACGAGAAGGACAGCCACGCUGGCAUCACAGCCGCCAUUGCCCAAGUGGAGAGUGAACCGCUGAGGGGGCUGCAUCAGGGGCUGCAUCAGGGGCUGCAUCAGGGGCUGCAUCAGGGGCUGCAUCAGGGGCUGCAUCAGGGGCUGCAUCAGGGGCUGCAUGAGGCGCUGCAUCAGGGGCUGCAUCAGGGGCUGCAUCAGGGGCUGCAUCAGGGGCUGCAUGAGGCGCUGCAUGAGGGGCUGCAUCAGGGGCUGCAUCAGGGGCUGCAUGAGUCGCUGCAUCAGGGGCUGCAUCAGGGGCUGCAUCAGGGGCUGCAUGAGGCGCUGCAUCAGGGGCUGCAUCAGGGGCUGCAUCAGGGGCUGCAUCAGGGGCUGCAUCAGGGGCUGCAUCAGGGGCUGCAUCAGGGGCUGCAUCAGGGGCUGCAUCAGGGGCUGCAUCAGGGGCUGCAUCAGGGGCUGCAUCAGGGGCUGCAUCAGGGGCUGCAUCAGGGGCUGCAUGAGGCGCUGCAUGAGGGGCUGCAUCAGGGGCUGCAUCAGGGGCUGCAUGAGUCGCUGCAUCAGGGGCUGCAUCAGGGGCUGCAUCAGGGGCUGCAUGAGGCGCUGCAUCAGGGGCUGCAUCAGGGGCUGCAUCAGGGGCUGCAUCAGGGGCUGCAUCAGGGGCUGCAUGAGGCGCUGCAUCAGGGGCUGCAUCAGGGGCUGCAUCAGGGGCUGCAUGAGGGGCUGCAUGAGGCGCUGCAUGAGGGGCUGCAUCAGGGGCUGCAUCAGGGGCUGCAUGAGGCGCUGCAUCAGGGGCUGCAUCAGGGGCUGCAUCAGGGGCUGCAUCAGGGGCUGCAUCAGGGGCUGCAUCAGGGGCUGCAUGAGGUGCUGCAUGAGGGGCUGCAUCAGGGGCUGCAUCAGGGGCUGCAUGAGUCGCUGCAUCAGGGGCUGCAUCAGGGGCUGCAUCAGGGGCUGCAUGAGGCGCUGCAUCAGGGGCUGCAUCAGGGGCUGCAUCAGGGGCUGCAUCAGGGGCUGCAUCAGGGGCUGCAUGAGGCGCUGCAUCAGGGGCUGCAUCAGGGGCUGCAUCAGGGGCUGCAUCAGGGGCUGCAUCAGGGGCUGCAUCAGGGGCUGCAUCAGGGGCUGCAUCAGGGGCUGCAUCAGGGGCUGCAUCAGGGGCUGCAUCAGGGGCUGCAUCAGGGGCUGCAUCAGGGGCUGCAUCAGGGGCUGCAUGAGGGGCUGCAUGAGGGGCUGCAUGAGGCGCUGCAUGAGGGGCUGCAUCAGGGGCUGCAUCAGGGGCUGCAUGAGGCGCUGCAUGAGGGGCUGCAUGAGGGGCUGCAUCAGGGGCUGCAUCAGGGGCUGCAUCAGGGGCUGCAUCAGGGGCUGCAUCAGGGGCUGCAUCAGGGGCUGCAUCAGGGGCUGCAUCAGGGGCUGCAUCAGGGGCUGCAUCAGGGGCUGCAUCAGGGGCUGCAUCAGGGGCUGCAUGAGGCGCUGCAUGAGGGGCUGCAUCAGGGGCUGCAUCAGGGGCUGCAUGAGUCGCUGCAUCAGGGGCUGCAUCAGGGGCUGCAUCAGGGCCUGCAUGAGGCGCUGCAUCAGGGGCUGCAUCAGGGGCUGCAUCAGGGGCUGCAUCAGGGGCUGCAUCAGGGGCUGCAUCAGGGGCUGCAUCAGGGGCUGCAUCAGGGGCUGCAUCAGGGGCUGCAUCAGGGGCUGCAUCAGGGGCUGCAUCAGGGGCUGCAUCAGGGGCUGCAUCAGGGGCUGCAUCAGGGGCUGCAUGAGGGGCUGCAUGAGGCGCUGCAUGAGGGGCUGCAUCAGGGGCUGCAUCAGGGGCUGCAUGAGGCGCUGCAUGAGGGGCUGCAUGAGGGGCUGCAUCAGGGGCUGCAUCAGGGGCUGCAUCAGGGGCUGCAUCAGGGGCUGCAUCAGGGGCUGCAUCAGGGGCUGCAUCAGGGGCUGCAUCAGGGGCUGCAUCAGGGGCUGCAUCAGGGGCUGCAUCAGGGGCUGCAUCAGGGGCUGCAUGAGGCGCUGCAUGAGGGGCUGCAUCAGGGGCUGCAUCAGGGGCUGCAUGAGUCGCUGCAUCAGGGGCUGCAUCAGGGGCUGCAUCAGGGGCUGCAUGAGGCGCUGCAUCAGGGGCUGCAUCAGGGGCUGCAUCAGGGGCUGCAUCAGGGGCUGCAUCAGGGGCUGCAUCAGGGGCUGCAUCAGGGGCUGCAUCAGGGGCUGCAUCAGGGGCUGCAUCAGGGGCUGCAUCAGGGGCUGCAUCAGGGGCUGCAUCAGGGGCUGCAUCAGGGGCUGCAUCAGGGGCUGCAUCAGGGGCUGCAUGAGGCGCUGCAUGAGGGGCUGCAUCAGGGGCUGCAUCAGGGGCUGCAUGAGUCGCUGCAUCAGGGGCUGCAUCAGGGGCUGCAUCAGGGGCUGCAUGAGGCGCUGCAUCAGGGGCUGCAUCAGGGGCUGCAUGAGGGGCUGCAUCAGGGGCUGCAUCAGGGGCUGCAUGAGGCGCUGCAUCAGGGGCUGCAUCAGGGGCUGCAUCAGGGGCUGCAUCAGGGGCUGCAUCAGGGGCUGCAUCAGGGGCUGCAUCAGGGGCUGCAUCAGGGGCUGCAUCAGGGGCUGCAUCAGGGGCUGCAUAAAGGGCUGCAUUGUGCUUGUAGGGGGCUGCACUGA